CAUGAGAUGAUGAUGAUGAUGAUAAAGCUGAUGAUGAUGUCGUCACAGAUGUUCUGAACCAGGUCCGGCCGUCCGUCUACAGAACUGCCAUGAAGAUCCAGACCGUCCAGAAACACUGUUACAUGCACGUUGUGCCUCUCAGACAGCUUCUUCCAGCGCUCCGUUGCCUUGACGAUGUGGAGAAGCAGGAAGUGACCCGGGAGGAAGUGACACGUGUGCUGAGCCGCAUGUUCCUCAACGUGUCACAGGAAGUCCCGGGUCAGGUGACCCCGCAGGCGGCCGAACUCACCUGUCAGCUGAUCUACCAGAUCUACCCGGGGGGGCUGUUGCUCCGGUCGGUUGAGGCCGCGCUGGUCGUUCUGUCUGGAGACACUCUGACAGCCAAACACAGAGCUCUAGUGAGUGUGGCCGAACGAGGCAGCAGACAGAGAGGAAUGAUAACAAGGAAAAGCUUGGGAACCCUGCUGGGAGAUCUGAGACAGGUUCUACUAGUGGUCCAGGAGGGUUCUGUGUUCGGUUCCGUUGAUGCGGCAGUUGAAUCCUGCUUCAGAGGAGUGCUGACGUCUAGUGUGCACGAGGACCAUGUGUUGUCGUGGUUACAGGGAGAGCCCCGCCUUUUGUUAUGGUUACCGACGCUCUACCGUCUGUCUGUCAGUCAGAGCGUCAUUCACGCUGUCCGCUGCCACGCCUGCAAGACCUUCCCCAUCACUGGUCUCAGGUACCGCUGUAUGAAGUGUGUUAACCUCCAUCUUUGUCAGAGCUGCUUCCUUACCGACAGACCGACAAAAAGACACAAAACUACACACCUGGUUCUGGAGUACUGCACACAGCCCUCAUGGAGAGAGUCGCUGGCCUUGUUCGCCCACAACGCUCGUCACAACUUGUUGCCGCGGCGAUACAGUCGGUUGAAGAGCCGGGGGAGCCUGUUGGGGGCUUGGUCAGUAGCACACCCCGCCCCCCCCGACUCAACUCCACGAUUGGUCGACUCACCUGCAAGUCAAAGUCGCCACUCUACAGCGAAUUCCCAUGAUGCAGCAGGGCCGCCUCUCGCUACACAGGAAGUACAAACACAUCCGCAGGUGGACGCGGUGCUGGUGAAGGACGUCAAAGAUCUCCAAAGAGACCGAUGGCUGCUGGAGCAGGAGCUGCAGGUGUUGCGGCUGGCCGUCCAAUCAGAGCAGGGAAUUCUGGAGGACAGGUGCUCGGAGAUGGAGGUCACUAUGGAAACGCUGAGGCAGCACAACGACCAGCUGCAGAGGAUGCUGUCCCAGACUCUAAAGAAUCCUUACCAGCCAGAAACAGCAGCCCAACACAGAGGAGAGGAGGAAGAGGAGGAGGAGGAGGUGGCGGUGGAGGAAAGGGAGGAGGAGGAGGAGGAGGAGGAGGAGGAGGAAAGCGGAGAGGAGGAGGAGGUGGAGGAGGAGGAGAGAGAAGAGGAGGAGGAAGAGAAGGAUGAAAGAGAAGAGGUGUUGAGAGGAGAGGAGGAAACAGAGAGGCAGGAGACUGACUUUCACUCUCCCAGCAGGCAAUGGGGUGUGACAUCACCACCGGCCUCCUCCUCUGAGGAGGAGCCCAGAGGCCAUCCAAUCAGAAUGCUGGACCUUGUGAAAGAGGAGGAGUUUGAGACGUACUCCCUCCUGAGUGGGGCAAUCAGAGAGCUGUAUGCUGAAACAGAGCAUCAGGGGACAUGUAGUCAAGAAGAGGAGGCGGAGCUUCUGCUGUUGGAGCUCGUUAAUAGGACGAAGUCUGCCCUCUGUCAGAAAGAACAAACACCCAUAGACAAACACCAUCACGAACACACACACCCCGACACACAACAUCACGAACACACACACCCCGACACACACCAUCACGAACACACACACCCCGACACACACCAUCACGAGCAAACACACUCCGACACACGCCAUUAUGAACACACACAACCCGACACACACCAUUAUGAUCACACACACCGGUUCAGGGGAGGAGGGCUCUAUAACGCGACCGCAGAGAACGUGCCAGGUGCAGUGAUGAAGAUGAGGCUGCUGGAGGCCGCUGAGAGGGUCCACCACUCUUUAGCAUCCCUAGUAACCCUGGUUACACAAGCACCCCAAAUCUAGCGUCUCACACACACACUAAGAAUCCCAUAUAAACACACACAUUCUGAGACACAUACACACACUAAGACACAAACGCGCACACACACACUCUGAGACACACACACGUAGACUGAGAUAUACACACUCUGAGACUUACACACACAAACACACACACAGAGACACACACAAACACACACGCACACACACUCUGAGACACACAUCCUGAGACAAAACACACACAAACAAUCUGAUACACACAAACACAUAACCUGAGUUUACAUGACACUCAAGAAAGUGAUAUCAAAUAAAAAAGUACUGAUAAGAAAAAGGCCUCUUUUACGGUCAUUUACAAGGUGGUGAAUGA